UAUCGUACCAGGAGGGGAUGGUAUACGAGGAACAAGGAGGGAUACGGGCACUGCGAUCUCUCCGUUAGGACGUAGUACUCCGGAGGAAGAGUACGGCGCGAGUGAGAAGCGACAACCGCACGAAUGGGUAGGAGUGACCGUGACGGAGAGUGAGAGAGAGAGUGGACGGAGAAACGGUGGUUGGUGAAACAGGGAAGGAAACUUCGGAGAGAGUGCGAGAGAAAUCGACUGCGAAGAACAGAGACGAAACGAGGUGAACGAGCGAGCAAGAGACGGACGACGGUACAGAGUGGCGGUACACGGGGCGCGAGAAAAGCGGUAGUGUGCCGUGGACCACCGCACUGGCAUACCGUGAUUCGUUACGAUCCCCAUCGUCCUCUCUGACUCGUACCGGACCAGACAGUCGUCAGCGAAGUCACAAUACGACAAGUGCUAGUGCAGUGCGAACUAGCGGAGUCACUUUUGAUUCCGUGACAGAUCGACCGGCUUUUCAAGAGGCCUUUACCUGAUCGAACGCGAAAAUUUAGUUUAUUUUAAAAAGAGGAAGAGAGAGAGAAAGAGAGAGAACCGCCCGCGAGGGUGGCUGUCGCGUGCCGGCUGACCGAAUCGUCGUCGGGCGAGCACGCGGUAGAGGAACCCACAGGCAAUUUUAUAGCCCGUCUUAUUACCUAAGUUUAUUGCAUCGUAACGGUUUAACGAUCAUCGCCUGUUUCCAUAGUCGAGACCACCAGUUUAUGCUUUGCCUGUAGCGGUAACCAUAACAAGACCAUAAAAGCCCCCGGCCGCUGACAUGAGACCCAUUCUGAAUUACACUCUUACGGCCUACUGAUAUUGACACUCUGGGUGUAACCAGCUAUACCUGCCGAUGACUUUUAUUACCUCUUAAAAUUGUUUAAUGCUCGUUUAUUUGUCCCUCGUCAACUCUAUCACUUGUCGCCACCCGUGUCAAACAUAUCGCUUUCUUAAGCGCGUACGUUUUAACUUGGAACGUAGUACGAGGUCAGAGGUUUUAACUUCUGUUUAAUUUGAACAAGUUAAAUCGGUGUAACCCGGCAUCGGAAUUGGAGUACGGACUAGUGAAUUCGACUAGCCGUGUGCACUCCAUGUAACUGCGGGCCGCUUUGAACUCUGACUUCUUUCUUCGCUUUUUUUGAGUGCCGGUGUUUUAGUGUAAGUGAUCCAAAAUACCCGGGAUAAUGAACUCGUACUUUGAGCAGACCGCGGGUGGCUUCUACGGAAGCCACCAUCAUCAAACAGGAGCGGCGAGUCAACAUCAUGAUCCAGCCACUGCAGCAGCGUAUCGAAGCUUUCCACUCGGAUUAGGUAUGUCGCCCUACGCCUCGGCGCAGCAUCAUCAUCACACCUCAUCCUCGUUAGGAAUCCACCCAGGCGGUGGAAGCAAUACAAGACCACCUCAAGACUCGCCGUAUGAUGCGAGCGUUGCGACGGCCUGCAAGCUUUAUUCGACGACACCUGAGGCGACCGGUCACACCACGUCCUCAUAUUCAACAACGGCAACGAAAGACUGUAAGCAACAGGAUCAAACGUCGACCCAUCAAAACGGUUAUGCCGCGGUGAUGGCAGCGGCGGCGGUCAAGGACGUUUGGCAGUCAGCGACCUCGGGAGCGAACAGCCAGAGUAAUUCGGUCGUACGUCCCUCCGCGUGUACCCCAGAGAGCACAAGGGUCAGCAGCUACGGUGGCCUCGUAGGCGGCGAUCCGGCAUCGAGUCCUGGUAACAACAGUUCGUCAAGAUCACUCACGUCGUCUUGGAACACCUGCAGUUUAAACUCGUCCGCGAGUCAACCGGUCGCCACGCAACUGCAUCAGCAACCUACUACCAACCAUACCUUCUACCCUUGGAUGGCUAUAGCAGAUCCACCCGAGUCCGACCUGUCUACGAACCCGCCAGUUCAACUCAAUCCGUCGUCGAUGCCUCAUCGAUAGCUGCCUCUAACCGAGAAAUGUGUAGUCGCGAAUUCGAUCUGUCUCAAGCAUCUUUUAAUAUAUUAUGUUAACGGGUUCGAGAUUAUAUCUGUGUUUAUGUGAAAUAGUUGCGAGAGUGUAGAUCAAGAGUGCCCAUAUGUCAAUAUUAUAUAUACUCUGA